AUGGAUCAAAACGAAGAAUUUGGUGUUGCAACUGAGGAGCAAGCAAGAAUGGAUGAUAUGAACAAUUCAUUCAAAAAAGAUGCAGAUCAGAGUAUUGAAGCAGCUGCUGCGAACGGUGAUGCUCAAGUCAAGGAAAACAGAGACGAAAAGCCGGAGAGAGGAGAUCGUGACAAAGAUCGCGACCGGGAUCGUGAAGAUCGUGACAAGCAUCGUGAUCGAGAGAGAGAUCGCGACCGUGAUCGUGAUCGCGACCGCAAGCGACAUAAGAAAAGCCGUAGUCGUAGUCGCAGCAAAGAUCGCGACCGUGACCGUCGUCGAUCGCGUGAGCGAGAUUCUGGAAAGGAUAGAGAGCGCGAGCGUGAACGUGAUCGUGCGCCUAGAGUAGAACCCAAGAAGAAAUAUCGCUUUUGGGACAUACCCCCUGUUGGAUUCGAACACCUCACGCCGAAGGAGUACAAAGCUCAACAAGCCACUGGUGCGAUUCCACGAUCAAACAUGCAAGCAGCAGUGCCAGUUGUUGGACCAUCGGUCACAUGUCAGUCUCGUCGUCUCUAUGUUGGUAAUAUUCCAUUCGGAUGUAAUGAAGAGGCCAUGUUGGACUUCUUCAACCAGCAGAUGCAUUUGUGCGGUUUGGCCCAAGCACCGGGAAAUCCUGUGCUAGCUUGUCAAAUCAACCUUGACAAAAAUUUUGCCUUCAUUGAGUUCCGUUCAAUUGAUGAAACGACUGCAGGAAUGGCAUUCGACGGGAUUAACUUCAUGGGACAACAACUUAAAAUUCGUCGUCCUCGUGAUUAUCAACCUAUCAGUGCAAGCUUCGAUAUGGCUUCUAGAAUGCCUGUGUCGAAUAUUGUCGUUGAUUCUCCAAACAAGAUUUUCAUUGGCGGUCUACCAAAUUAUCUCAAUGAGGAACAGGUAAAAGAAUUGCUGUGCUCCUUUGGACAGCUGAAAGCGUUCAACCUGGUUGUUGAUUCCAAUGGAGUAUCGAAAGGCUUCGCCUUUGCUGAAUACUUGGAUACUACGCUCACUGAUCAGGCAAUUGCUGGUUUGAACGGCAUGCAACUCGGUGACAAACAACUAGUAGUACAGUUAGCUUGUGCAAAUGCGCGCAAUGCACAGCCAAUGCCACACAGUGCAACGUCAAUUGCUGGUAUCGAUCUUUCGCAAGGAGCUGGUAUGCCCACAGAAGUGCUAUGUUUGAUGAAUAUGGUGGUCGAAGAUGAGUUGAAGGACGAUGAGGAGUAUGAAGAUAUACUCGAAGAUAUUCGUGAAGAAUGUUCGAAAUAUGGUAUUGUGCGAUCUUUGGAGGUUCCGAGACCCAUACCAGGCGUAGACGUAGCUGGAAUUGGAAAGGUCUUCGUCGAAUUUGCGUCAUGUGCAGAUUGUCAGAAAGCUCAAGCAGCUUUGACCGGUCGAAAGUUUGCCAACCGAACUGUCGUAACAUCUUAUUACGACGUAGACAGAUAUCAUCAAAGACAAUUCUGA